CAGCAACAGCAGCAACAGUUUCCAAUCGUCAUCGGUCGUUGGCUGUUUUGGUUGUUGUCGUCGUCGUCGUCGUUGUCGUCGCUGCCGACGUCGUUUGCGUUGUCGUCGACAUCGUUUUCGUGCUUUAUAGCGUUCACUCAGAAGUCGUUUAGAAUCGCUGCCAUCGUUGUCGUGGUCGGUAUUGGGUAUUCGAUAUCGGAUUGUGCUUGUGCUUUCUGUGCUCUGCUCUGCUGUGCUGUCGGUGCCCAUUUGAAGCACACUCACAAAUUGCUAGCGUCAUCGUCAUCGUCGUUUCUCUGUCGCUGUCGUCGGCGUGGAUAACUUUGGACGACGACGACGCGUUACCCGUUCGCGCAAAAACAAAAACAAAAACACAAUCGUUUAACGCUAUAAACACAAGUGGCUCGGCCGGAUCCGGAUGGACGGAUAGACGGACACACGGACACCGUCGGACAGAAGAUAGUGAAGCAUAUUUCGGACGUUUGAUAUAUAUCGAAAAGUCAAAUUCAAUUUACGCGCCGGCUUAUUAUAAACUUAUAAAAACAACAACAACAACAACAAUAAAGGGUGCAAAAAGGUGCUCCUCUAAACAUAAUCAACCAAAAAAUAAAAAAAAGGAUAUGUGAAUCAAUUACAAGCACACAACAAAUAUAACGUGACCUUUUAACUAAAAUCUAUAUAUAGAGAAAAAAAAAAAAAAAACAAUAAUAAAAGUGAAGAAAAAAGCAACCAAUCAACGUUUAAUUGGAUUUUCUCUGCUCGCCUUGACUUUUCGGAUACAAUUAACCAUUCAGACGCCCUUCGACUUUCGACUUUCCACUGAGCUGCCCACAAAUUCAGUUGAGAAAACAGCAGCUUAAUAUUUUGUUCAACUAAAAUAAAAAAUGAGCUUCGAUCUGGACACAAAGACGAUUUGCAGCGAACUCGAGAGCAGCGAGCAUCGCAAGCGUAGCGCAACUCUUCUGAAGCUGCGCGAACAAUGCGAACAGGCGCCACAAACCGUUAGCAGCGAUGCCAUUGCGGCCGACUUCGAUGAACUCUAUCUGCAUCUGCUCAAGUGCUACGACGAUCGCUUUGAGAGCGUGCGUGAUCGUGCCGUGCUCGCCGUGAGCGCAUUCCUCAAGCGUCUGCCACCCUCGGACUUCCAUCUGCUCAAUGUGGUCUCAACGCUGGCCGAGCGCAUGGGCCAAGUGGAGACAGUGGAGCCCAGUGAAGAGAUUCGUCUGCUGUAUGUGGAGCAGCUGCAUCUGAUGUUACGUCAAUACGCCCAGAUGGGCAAUGUGGGCGUGUUUCGUGAGUGUUAUGCGCAGGUGAUGAAGGUGCUCGUCAAGGCCAUCAAGGAUGAUUAUGCUGCAGUGCAGCGCGAAGCUUGCGCCACGGUCGUGCAACUUGCACGAGUGGCAGACACUCACGAGUUGCAACCAUUUACUGAAUCUCUGGUGGUCUCCUUGUACGGCAUGUUGAAUCAUCGCCACUCCGCCGCACGUAUUUCCGCUCUGGAGGCUUUGGGGCGUGUCUGCUUGCACAUGGAUGCCAGUGGCGAGAGCAUGCGAAGGUUCUUCAUGGAAGUGUCGCCACUGCUGAUGGACUCCAUGCCGUUGGUGCGUCGCGAAUGCGGCCAGGUGGGUGUGCUCUUGCUGCUGGAGCUGCGCGAUCGCUACUCGUUCUUCGAGCGCAUUCUGCCGCUGGUCUUGUGUUGUCUGAAGGAUGAUUCGCCUGAGGUCUUGUCGUUCAUUCAGCCAUUGUGGGUAAAGUGUGGCGAGCAGUUCUACGAUGAGAACGAAGCUGAGCUGUCGCAGCAAGAGAUCUGUGAUCCACAGGUGGAGAACUAUCCAGCGGGCGUGCAACGUCCCACGAUCGGUUGUCGCGGUCUUGUGCAGCGAUCGCUGCGUCUGCUAACGCUGAUCACACGCGAGACCAGCGACUGGAAGGACAAUGUGCGUCUCCACGCACUGAAGCUGCUCUAUCAGUUCGUGCUGCACGCCGAGGCAGCCAUGACGGCCAAGUUCUUUGAGAUCUACGGCCAAGUGGCGCACGCUUGCUGCGAUCGCGAGCCGGUUGUCAGCGCCGAGGCCAAGAAGGUGGCAGAUCUCCUGGGACGCGUGCUCGCAUUCAAUGCCUGGAUCGAGCAUGGCUUCGAUGGCCUUGAGCGCAAUGCACGUGAAUCGUUUUUAAAGUGUUUCUACUACAUGUUCACCGCUGCCUUGGGCGGCACCUACGAUCAUCUGAUGCGUCUGUGCAAGCUGCUGAAGAGCUCCGAUUACUCUCACACUUUGAAGCCAGGCUUCCAAUUGUACAUACUCAAGAUGCUCGAGACGGUGCUGGACAAGUCGAGCAAGGUUACAGCCAGCAUGGAGCAGCUACGCGAUCUCUAUGAGCUCAUCUAUGUGACUGCCAUGAAGGUGAUGUCGUUGUCUUAUGCUCUGGCUGGCGAUGUGAAUGCGGAUGUCGAACGUGGUCAAGUGAUCCUCAAACGCAUUGUGGCGCUGGAAGAGAUCACGUUGAGUCAGCUGCACGAACGUUGGUUCCAUUUGGCGCUGCUCGAUGUGGAAAAUCUAGAUGCAGCGCUGGACGAGAAUGCCGAGCCAGUGCUAAUGCUCUACGGUCUCAUUCACCUGGGUGGCAUACGCUCCACCUACUUGCCACAGCUGAUCGAGAAGGUGCAACUAGUCUUUGGCCAUUGCAGCGACAGCGCGCAGGUGCGCAUCUUCAGCAUCCUCUCGAUUGCAGCCUUGGAUUGGGGACGCACAGUUUGCGUGGAGCGCGAGCAGAGCACACAGUUGCUGAGCGAGUUCAUCACUGCCAUUGUGGAACCCUAUUUGGCAUGGAAGGCGGGCGCUAGUGGCGAGGCAAUGCGCUCCAUGGCCAUGGCCACGUUGUGUGCUCUGGCCCAAGGCGCCAGAGAAGAGGCACGUGAGGUGCUGCCCACGCUGGCCAAGCAUAUGCCCAGUUUACUGGAGGAUCGCAAUGUGACGACGCGGCAUUAUGCCAUCAAGGCCAUGUGCUACUUCCAGGACAUGUCUGUGGAGGCCUUUAAACCUCUGGCAUAUGCCACAAUGCAGCGCAUGGAUGAUCCCUCGGCCGGCAUACGUGUGAUAGCUGCCACGGCGGUGGGGAAGAUGCGACCACUAUUUAAGGAGGAAGCGGCAGCAGAGGAAGGAGAGCGAGAGCACGAACGUGAAGUGUGGGAGGCGUUUGUGAAGCGUGCCAUGGAUCUGCUGCUGCUUUACCACGAGAGUCCCGAGAAGGAGAUGAAAGCGGCGGCUCAAAAGUCACUCACAGAGCUAGCCAAAUCCCAUCCAGAAGCUUGGGAAGAACGCUACAAACGUGCUUUAUCGAUGGCACAAAGUAAAGACGAGCUGACAAAUCUCUACUCUAAAAUGAGCAUCAAAGAUGAGGCUGAAGCUGAUGUGAAGGAUUAGCUUUAGUGUAGUUUUUAGCAAUUUUGUAAAUCAUUCACAUUCAUAUCUUUUUGGCUGUUAUUGCGUUCCCAAUUUGCCGCGUUUUGCAUUAAUUGCCCGAUCUGUCGAAUUUCUGAGUAGCAAAUUAUUGUAAACACACAACGAGCAAAAUGUGCAGCUGCGACUGAUGAAAUUGCAUUAAGCAUUAAAGCAUUUCCAAAUCACCAUCAAAUGUGUGUUUUGUUU